UUAAAGAAAACUGUGAAAUAACACUUAUCUCAAUUAUUUCAGUUUCGCCGAUAUAGUAAACCAAUUUUUUAACAAAUUAAUGCUCGUGCAAUUUGUGGAAAGCGCAAUCUCGAUAUGCUUUACCCUUUACCUACUAACAGACAUAGAAGACACUGCGCAAUUAAUAGGAUGGUCUUCGUUCAUGUUUGCCGCCAUAUUUCAAACUUUUUACUUUUGUUGGUUCGGAGAUGUAGCGAAAGUAAAGAGCCUGGAUAUUUCUAAUAUGGUAUAUAAUAGCGAUUGGCCAAAUUUGAGCAACGACGCCAGGAAGAUGCUUGUGGUGAUCAUGGCACGUUCAUUGACGCCUGUUGAGAUUACAAGCGCCUAUAUUUUACCCAUGAACUUGGAAUCUUUCAAAGGUUUGAUGAAAGUUGCUUACUCGGCGUACAACAUGUUGCUACAGAGUAAGUCAUCGGAGUAGAACACAUGCGGAGAAUAAGUUGUAUUAGUUCCUUCGUCACACAAUGGAAGAAUUAGGAUAGAGACAAUAGAAAACGAGUUAUUGAAACAGAGCAGUAAAUUAUGUACCAUGCAAACACAAUAAAUUUCAAACAUUCCAGUGAGAUCCAGAUAGUGCUUCCAACGGAAGGACAAUGAUUAUGCAAGUUUGUUACAGAAACCUGGCAAUCUACUGCGAAAUACUGAACGAAUCGGCAGCGUUUUUGCGAUCGUAGGACUUUAUAAUAAUCUGAUAGCUAUGAAGGAGUUGCCAGUGUUCGACUGGAUACCACACGAUUUAUUCUCCCACAAUAUCCACAUGAUUUUCUGCUGUAUCAAACAGUCGGUAUGUUAUGUUCAAACAAAUGAUUAGGAAAUGAUUUUAUUGUAUUUUGCGAUUCUUGUAACACUAUUCAAUAAUAUUUGA